GCAUGGGAGAAAAAAAAGGAAAAUGAGAGGUGAAAAUUGAAUCGUGCAUCUUAGGGUAUGUUCAUAUCUUAACUAACUUUCACCAAUUUUCCCCUAUGCAUCAAACAAAAUGUGAUUAUUGCAUCAAUAUUGCAUUAUACUAUGAGACUUUUUGUAGGCAUUUCCUCUAACCCUGCCACAAAUAAGGCAAGGUUUUAGGUCUUCUUUUCCCUUUGUCUCUCCUCCAUAUACCUUUAAACUUUCAAUGUUACAAGUUCUUCAAGUGAAUAAAAAGAGCUUCUUAAUCCAUACAACAACGGCUAUAACUACGCCUCCGUUCCAAACAUAAUGGGAUUGGCUAUAUAAGUCCUCACUGAUCACGAGGAUAUCUUGUUGUUAGGCGCAAUGGCGGUGAUUCCCGGACAAUACUAAUAAAAUUGUGUCAAUUGUAUUGCCAAUUUCUUCUCCAUGAUGACAACCAAGAAUGAGAAGAAAGGCAAUAUUUUGAUGCAAAAAUAUGAGAUUGGGAAAUUGCUUGGGCAAGGGACAUUUGCCAAGGUCUACCAUGCAAGAAAUCUAAAAACAGGACUAAGUGUUGCCAUUAAGGUGAUUGACAAAGAGAAGGUGAUGAAGGUUGGUCUAAUUGAUCAAACCAAACGUGAAAUCUCUGUCAUGAGGCUAAUCAAACACCCAAAUGUUGUCCAACUCUAUGAGGUUAUGGCUAGCAAAUCAAAAAUCUAUUUUGCCAUGGAAUAUGUUAGAGGUGGUGAGCUUUUCAACAAGGUUGCUAAAGGCAGGCUUAAAGAAGAUGCUGCAAGGAAAUACUUCCAACAAUUAAUUGCUGCAGUCGAUUUUUGCCAUAGCCGUCAGGUCUACCAUCGCGAUCUCAAGCCCGAAAAUCUCCUCCUCGACGAAGGUGGCAACCUAAAAGUGACCGAUUUCGGGCUUAGUGCAUUGUUUGAUUCCAAAAGGCAAGAUGGUCUCCUCCACACAACAUGUGGAACACCAGCCUAUGUUGCACCAGAGGUGAUCAACAAGAGAGGUUAUGAUGGUGAAAAGGCUGAUAUUUGGUCAUGUGGUGUUGUUUUAUUUGUCCUGUUAGCAGGUUAUUUGCCAUUCCAUGACCAAAACCUUAUGGAGAUGUACAAAAAAAUAAGCAAAGGGGAAUUCAAAUGUCCACAAUGGUUCCCUCCUGAGGUAAGAAAGCUCCUCUCAAGGAUUCUUGAUCCAAAUCCAGGCUCAAGAAUCACCUUAGUUAAGCUCAUGGAGAAUUAUUGGUUCAAGAAAGGUUUCAAACAAAUUGAUAAAACCCAAAAUCCAGGGAAAGAAGUACGCGCAUCGCCUUGCAGUGUUUUAGAUAUUCAUGAGGACCAUAAUUCAGAUGGAGAGGGAUCUUCCAACCCCAAGAAAGAUCAAAGCUCAACAAUAACAAUGAAGCCUACUUGCUUAAAUGCAUUUGACAUCAUUUCUCUUUCUCCUGGUUUCGAUCUUUCUGGAUUGUUCGAAGAGGAGAAAGAGAGAAGAUCAGAAGCGCGAUUCACCGCGAAAAAGCCAGCAUCUAUAAUAGUGUCAAAAUUGGAGGAAGUGGCAUCAAAUGAGAGUUUUAAUGUGAAGAAAAAAGAUGGGACAGUGACAAUGCAAAGUAUUAAACAAGGGAGAAAAGGGCAACUAGCAAUUGAUGCUGAGAUUUUCGAAAUUACGCCUUCUUUUCAUGUUGUGGAAGUGAGUAAAAAAUCAGGAGACACAAUGGAAUACAAGCAAUUCUUUGAUCAAGGCUUGAAGACUUCACUUAAAGAUAUUGUUUGGACAUGGCAAGGUGGUGACCAGCAAGUUGAAAAUCAAGAAUGAAAUUGAUCAUCUUUUUUUUGUAUGUUAUAAUUAAAAUUUUCAUUUCUUUCUUGUCUGUAUUUUUAUUUUUGGGAGAGGGGUUAUUGGAAAUUGCUUGCAUAUCUAUCUUGUAUUUUCUUGUUUUUGAUUGAUUGGAGUAUAUUGUACAGAUCUCAAUUGAAUGCAAGGGAAAAAAAUGAUGAUGAAGCAAAGUUAUCCUUUUA